GCGAGUAUUGUAUUUGUUACUGUAACUACUAGAGUACUUGUCCGUUAAUUCUUCAAAGCAACUCCAUCACAGUAGAGCUGCAUGGCAUUCAACAUCAAUUUAUUAUUAGAAGCUUAAGAGCGAGAGAGAGCGAGGUACCGAAAAAAAAGCGUAGGCGCCAGCCGUUUUUCAAUCGAUGUGUGUUAUAUUAAUAUAGUUGUUUAUAGGAACUAUUCGUUUUCAACAUAUAUAAUAUUCUAUUAUAUAGAAGAACUGAUAGGGUUUAGGAAUAUUCGAAGUUAAAAAAAGCUUAAGAUGAAACUGAACGAAAAUUAUUUAAAAAAAAAAAAAUAGCAAAAUUAUAAUAACUUUACGAUUGAUUUAAUACUUGAAAUGAUUCAAAUUAUACGGCCAAAGAAUAAACCAGGAACCUUCAUUACGGAACAUUUACGAUACAGAAUUUGUUUACUUUUUGUCACCGAGCUUGCAUGUCCGUUGUCCUGAGCAUCGCGUAAAAACUUUUAAAACUCACGAUUACACUUAAAAAUAGCUAUAUAUUUUAUCUCGCUUCAGUGCUGGAAGCCAAUGAUAUAACAAUAAAACCGAGUUGUUUUGCAUGUGCAAUCACAUCAUUCGAUUUAAAUUUAACACAGCUGCAAAUGUGUAAAUUUGUAAAAAACAGAAUUUUUCUUCGAUCAAUCAACUCACACAGUCAAGUGUUAUUUGUAGAUAUAAUAUUAAGUUUGAAAGAAACUAAAUGAAUACGGAUAACACUUAAUGAAUAAUACUCUUUGAGACAAAUCUAAAUAAGGUUAUAAGUAGCUGUUGAAGAGUUCAGUUACCAGGCUCAGCAACGACUAGUAGGUACUUGUUGCAAAGUUUCAAAUCGAUUUACAACUGAGUUAGAACUGGGUUAAAUCGAUUUCCAAGUAUUGUUUAUAAAAUUUCGUUAAAAGAAAACUGAAUAAAUCGUUGUCAAAUUACUCAAAUUGAGCAUAAUUUAAAAAAAACUAAAGAAGCAUUAUUCAAAAUUAUGGAGUUGACAUACGAACAGCUUUAAGUAUAUAUACAAGAAUAAAAAUAGUCUUGGUUUAUCCCAAAUAAAUAUGCGAUCAGUUAAAUGUUACUCGUUGAGAAUGCAAGUACAAGAGUCGGGGCCGCGGGGUCAGCGACACAGACUGGCUUGUGUACCCCGCACCUCCUUUCCUCUGCCGUCACUAACUAGUAAAAUAGACUUCACAACGCAUAAAAAAAUUGCCGAUAAAAUAUUACUACAAAACUAUAUUCUAAUAAGAUGUUAAAAUAUAGAUAAGCCUAAGAUACUGAUUUAAAAUAGCUCGGCAAAUUAAUAUUCCGCUUUCGGUAACAAAACCGUGUAACUGGUUUUUAUAAUACAUGAAGAAUUUUAAUAGUCUUAAAAUUGUCCUUUAUUGAAAAUUCAAAAUCUUAAAAUCUUCGUCUUUAAAUUUGAACGGUCUAUUCUUCAUUCUCAUUGAUGAAACGGUUAAUAUUUUCCAAGAGAACAAACACGAUUGAUGUCACUAUAGAUUGCGGUUUGUGUUGUUGGGGUAUAAACUGACACUGAGUGAAAGAGAGGAGACAUAGCGCAGCGUUCAGUCAAUUUGCACAUUCGACACGAAGGGAAAUUAUAACACUGCGCACGGUUUCGCCCCGCCUCGACUACAAUGUGCCGUCAAACCUCAUUCCACUGCUUAGCCGCUCUGUUCCGCAGUUAUUUUUACACAGUCCGACCUCUCGCACCGGUCGACACCACACUUUAGAUUUCAUUAAGUAAUCAAAGGCACGUCGCACUCACAUGGUAACAAAAGAAUAAGUAAUUCACAUGAUAGACACGUAAAAAUAAUAGUUGUUUUCUUGUCAAACAAAAAGCAUAUUAAAAUACAUCGUUGAACCAUACGAGACGUCCUGCCGCCGGCAGCGCCAUGAAGGCAAUGAACGUCGGGGCGGUGUGGCGCGGAGGCAGGCGGUAUGUCAGCUGAGCGUCACGCCGCGACAUUGCAAGGUCCGCUUGUACUGCUUCGUUUGACCCACUGUGCCGCGUGCCUCCCGAGCCCGACACUUGCCGCCCUGCUGAGCGGUCUGAGAGUGUCGAUGCCACUUAUGAUUUGAGAAUAUCUGUCUAUACCUUUAUAGGAUAAUUAUUAAUUUAAUUUUAAAAAGUAUGUACCUAGACUUGUAAUAAUAUUUGCGAACCCUGGUUCAAAAAAAUAUGUAUAAUAAAUAUUAAAAUAUAACAAAUUAUAUCAAAUGAUAAAUUUUAAAUGAUUACAAAUUUAUAUUGAUAUUUGAAGUUAUUCCUGACGUUAUAUUGAGGAUAUUAUAUUUCCACAUUAUUGAAUGAAAUUAUGACAUUAAAUGCAUAAGGUCUAAAGUCAUCCAUGGUCUAAGGUCAUCCAUGAUUUGAACUGUCUAUUGUACUUGAACUUUCUAAUGUAUUAAAAGCAUUUUUAGCAUUAGAUUUAUUAAAAUAAUUGUAUUCUAGUGAUCGAGAAACUUAAGACACUACACACGAAUUUAAAAAAAAAAACAUUAUAUUCUCUAAUAUUCAUCUUACCAAGUAUAUUUUAAUGAACCUAAUGACCAAGACAUGUUCUCUCUAUUUAAUGGGUGUUUAAGAAAAAUAUUUUAGCGUACACAGCAACACCUGCACACUGCGAUGACCUAGGGCUGUAAUCUUGUGGACGUAAAAAAGAAAGAUGACAGUGCCAGAAUUGCCAAUUUAUGUUGACGGCAUCAACCAGUUCUCAUUAGGUAGGCUACAUGCAAUAACUAUACAGUCAAAAAUGUUUAUUACAAUAAUAAUUCUCAUCCGAUUUACGAACUAACAAGUCUUCAACAAUGUUCUGAAAAGUACCUAUUUAAAACUUUGCUCAAAUUACUGAAUAUUUAGUUACUGAGUAAACUCAUUCGUAAUCGCAAUUUGUUUAAGGAACUAAAAAUAGUUGACUAUGAGUAGCCUGGUUCGCGUUGGUCACUCCAUUUCCCCUUACAUUGGUAAGGGGAGCAGAGUUUGGUAACCCAAUUUUGGUUAGAAUACACGCUUCAACGAAAUAAAAAAAAAUAUAUAAAAACGCACUCAUGUUUUUUUGUUUUUUUUUUUCAACAAAAUCAAAGCAAUCAUCAUUUUACGACAGAAGAAACAUAAUAAAGUAUUUCCUAAAUUAAUUUAGUUAUAUUUGAGAGUACAUUUUUGAAUGAACCUCUCGUUCUUAAAAUGUAUAGUUGAAUACCGAAUUUCUUUCAGACUUCAAUAUUCAUUAAACUGCUCAGGCCCCAUUAAUUUACGCAGUAAGUAAAUCUGCGAUUCAUAGAUUUCAUAACUUUUUUUGGGAAGCAGAGACUACUAUUACUCCAUAGAUCUUUCCAGCUUCACCAGGUGAGAUGGGCGGUGAACACGCGCUCAGAUAAAUUUCAUAACCCAUUUUAAUCUCAUAAUCAAUGUACACACAUGGUAUUACAGACCACGGUUUCUCCGUGUUGUAGAUUCAGCGAAGCACUGCUCUUACUAGGAUAGAUGUUAGCAAAGUGGCCCAGGCUGAACCCUGUGAGUUCGCCUACACAUUCGAUGAAGCCAGAAUAACCAACCCCUCGAAAUUACUGGUAGUAGGAAGGCUAAAAAAAACAUGGUUUUCACUAAAGAGAGGGACUGCCAUCGCUAACUGAUCAAAUAGCAUCAGCUUACAUUAUCCCCAAAUACAAAGGCGCAAUUCGUAGAUAUAGCUUUUUUUUUACAAUAUUGCAAUAACCGAGCAGCCGGUAUUGAUUUUCGACUAAUAUUCAUAAUACAUAAUAAUUUAUAAGUUUUCUUUGAGGUAUUACAUACCAUUUGGACACUUGUUCAGUUGAUCUUGGAACUAGAAAUAGUACAAUAAUAUAUCGACGCUUGAAAGGCAAACGUGACUAAGCGACAAUGCGUGAACUUUACAGUAGACUAAUUAAAUGUUGAAAUUAAUUUAAAAUAUACCUGAAAAAUACCUAAAAAAAUCUAUUUUAACGAAUCUAGCUGUAGGAUUGAAAUGUAUAGACCUAGAAAUAUAUAUUUUUUCCACGUCGAAUAUGGUUAUUGCCUAUCAUUUAUGUAUAAAGCAGUUAUUGUCGCUUAGUCACGUUUGCAUUUCAAGCGUCGAAAUGUAUUAUAUUCACAAUAGUGCCAGUAAUUGGAAAAAAUCUGAAUUUAGAGAGAAUUGCAAAUGAAUAAGGAUAUUUAUUACAAAUAUUUUUAAGUGUUUGCGAAACAAACAGAAAAAUAAAAUAUUUUUUCAAAAUAUUAGGACGUAGUGACUUUUUUUUAAAAGUCGUGUUCGUAUUAUAAUUCAAGUUAACUUUUUAAUUUAAUACAAAUGCAAUUUUGUUUGAUUUAACAAUGGUCAUCAUCGAUCUGGAGAGGUGGGGGCAAGAGGCGCUAUGGGGAGUACAUGCAGAACGCCAACGUAACGGCGAUAAUGCUAAUAUACAAACUACUGUGUAUCUCUUUCAUUCAUAACUAUUAUUACUGCCCACACAAUAGUGACUUUUUCGAACAAACGGAUUUACAAUAUCAAAUAGGCAUUUGUAUACCUACGUCAUAAAGCUCUAUGAUAGUUUGUUAUUUAGUUAUUUAAUAAAUGAAAAGUAAUUUUGACUACAUAACAAGUGAAUCCUUUUUUUUAAUAAGGAGCUAUUACCUAAUCAAGAUCGAUAGUAUUAUAAUUACUAAAGCGAAAUUAUGUUUAUUUAAAAUUAAUUACUACUUAUUUUAUAUAUUGUAUAUUGAUAGUCGUAAUUUAUUAUAUUUUUUAUUAAAGUAUUUAGGCGGCAUAUUUUCAUUUUGAUAUUCUUUUGUUUUUCCAUUCAGUGUGUACCUAAUUUAACUUUAUAUUUUCGGACAUGGAAGUUCCAUAAAUUCACAAUUAAUAUAAUAAUAUAAAGUGCACUUGUGGACACAUACAUGCACGCGCUUCUAGUUUUUUUAAACAAAUUAACAUAAGGAUAGGUUUUUGAAUCUACAUGAUUGUUCACUUUGUUUCAUGCACGAAAUACCUAUGUGUUUAUGUUGUACAUCGCGGCACAGACGCCUACGUAACACGUCCAGUAAGCAGUUUGUUGUGGGGCACGAGCGCCGAUAUCACGUACCUACUCAUUCGCUGCGGUCGGUGGCGGUGGCACACCUCCCGCCACCCACCGGUGCCACCUCAUCAUUGCGGGAAUAAUCGGUCAAGUCGCUUUCCUGCGUGUUGUACGUUCUAAUUCGCAUUAUUUUUCAUUUUAAGAGUAUUCAUAACUUUAAUAACAUUUUACAUCAGUACGUAUUUUUGUUUGUAUUUUACAAUCGCAAAUUGGUCAACAAGCAUAAUCGCAAUCACGGGCUGUUGACCCGUCACAGUUCGAGUGCGAACAUGACUAAGAUUUUUCAUUUAUUAUUUUAAUCAACACAAAGUGUUUAAUUUUAAUUCAAAAGUUGUUUAAUUUGACAGAAUUUAUAUAGUGGAACGUUGCAAUCAAAUAUUUUCACUGGAUUUAACAAUGCUUACGGCCUUGUAUCCUUAUAAAAUGGCGCCUCGCCCGUCGUCGUUAUUAUUAUUACAUUCGGAGCAAACUUCGUGACGAUCUCUCCACUUCUCGCCCCUCCCCGCGGAUGCGUAUCCGAUUGUCGCGAAUGGCGUUUCGUUUACAACUUGUCAAAGUAGUUAGGUUAUUUAGAUGUAAAGAAGAUUAAAAACAUAAAUUAAAAUGGAGUUAUUCUUUGACAUGUAAUUUAUGUCAGCUGGUUCACAAAUUCAGAUGGCACCACAAACUACUGUCAACACGGGGCAACCGCUACACAGUCAGGACUCCAAUAUGAGCACAGGGUCAUCUCAUAGUGAUAAAGAAGUUGAUGCUUUAACUCCGGAGAAGUCUGUAGCUAUGCGAGGCUCAACUGCUGCGUCAGGCACAGUCCUGGUUGCUCCUGGUGGUGCCACACCUACCAUAACAAUGCCGGAGAGGAAGCGAAAACGAAAAGGAGAUGAAGGAGUUGGUGGUGGUGGGGGUGGAGGAGGAAAGCAACGCCAUAACUCGUCAGAUAAAAAUAUACGAGAAUAUUUCUCAAAGCACCCCUCGUCCAGUCCUGUAAGGCAUGCUGGAGCUAAAUCCCCCUCGCCUCAAGGCGCCAAUUAUCCUAUGUACCCACCGUCACCUUCAUCACUAUUGCCAGGAGCUGACUUCAUGCGAGCAGCUUCUCAACAAAGACCUCACACAUCAGUUAAACAGGAUUAUUGUUUGCAGAUUCAGACAGAAAUGACAUGUCAGAGGAUACAAGAGUUAGAAACUCAGGCAUCUUCUGAUUUAGAACUAAGAAAUAAUAAAAUAGAUGAAUUAACACGGACAAAUGAAGAGCUAAAGCAUCAAGUGCAAGCUCAAAAUAAGGUGAUUGAACAACACAAAUCACACAUCAACAAAUGUAUAGAAGUAGUUAAGAAAUUGUUGAAUGAAAAAAGUACUAUUGAAAAGAAGGAAGCCCGACAGCGCUGCAUGCAAAAUAGACUGAGGCUAGGCCAGUUUGUCACGCAACGCGUCGGUGCCACCUUUCAAGAAAAUUGGACUGAUGGAUAUGCAUUUCAAGAGCUAACAAGGCGACAAGAAGAGAUUACAGCGGAGAAAGAGGAGAUAGAUCGGCAGAAGAAACUGUUGUUCAAAAAGCGUCCAGUGAACACAGAGGGCGGAGGGGGACGCGGCAAGCGAACAGCCAGCGCCGCCCCUUCCACGCCCCAACCUUCGCCGUUACAUAACGGCACUGACGCACCCACCUUCCUCAAGCCAGACCCACUACCCAGCAUGACCUACCAAGAGUACUAUGAGGCUGAUGAAAUUCUUAAGUUAAGGCAGAGUGCACUAAAAAAAGAAGAUGCAGAUUUACAGCUAGAAAUGGAAAAGUUAGAAAGAGAAAGGAACCUUCAUAUUAGGGAAUUGAAACGAAUACACAAUGAAGACCAGAGCCGUUUCUCACAGCAUCCUGUGCUCUCUGAACGGUAUUUACUGCUGAUGCUGCUCGGCAAGGGUGGAUUCAGUGAAGUACACAAAGCGUUCGAUCUAAAGGAGCAACGAUACACCGCGUGUAAAGUGCAUCAGCUCAACAAAGACUGGAAGGAAGACAAGAAAGCCAAUUAUAUCAAACACGCACUACGGGAGUACAACAUCCAUAAAGCCCUGGAUCACCCUCGCAUCGUAAAACUGUACGAUGUAUUCGAAAUCGACGGAAAUUCGUUUUGUACAGUACUUGAAUACUGUAAUGGACAUGAUCUCGACUUUUAUCUCAAACAGCACAAAACAAUCCCGGAGCGUGAAGCGCGUUCCAUUGUGAUGCAAGUGGUGUCAGCAUUAAAGUAUCUGAACGAAAUAAAACCACCUGUCAUUCACUAUGAUCUGAAACCCGGGAAUAUUCUACUAACGGAAGGCAAUGUUUGUGGCGAGAUCAAAAUUACAGACUUUGGCCUCUCCAAAGUAAUGGACGAGGAGAACUACAAUCCUGACCAUGGCAUGGACUUGACCAGCCAGGGAGCCGGUACAUACUGGUAUCUGCCACCGGAAUGUUUCGUCGUUGGAAAAAACCCACCAAAGAUAAGUAGUAAGGUGGAUGUUUGGAGUGUGGGUGUUAUCUUCUACCAGUGCCUGUAUGGAAAGAAGCCGUUUGGCCACAACCAGAGCCAGGCCACUAUAUUGGAAGAAAACACCAUACUAAAGGCAACUGAUGUUCAGUUUGCUAACAAACCCACAGUCAGCAAUGAGGCUAAAAGUUUCAUCCGCGCGUGCCUGGCGUACCGCAAAGAGGAGCGCAUCGAUGUGUUCGGUCUGGCGCGGCACGAAUACCUGCAGCCGCCGACGCCCAAGUCUCGCGGUGCGGGGGCGGGGUCGGGCGGUGCGGGGGCGGGGUCCGGGACGGGUGGCGGAGGUGGGGGCUCCUAGCCGCGCCGGCGCCGCCCGCGCCACCCGGCGGCGCAGUAGUACUCCGGCCCGACCGUGAUCCGACUACUUUUUAGUUUGAACCUUGUCGGUUAAAUAUCCAGAGUUGUAAAAUGACUAAAUAUCAUUUACGGAUUAAAUUGUUUAAGAUUAUGCUUACUGUUGACCGUAUUUAUUGAGCGGGUGAUAAAAUGUGAUUCUCCACUUGUGAGUGAUGGUUUUAUCCUUUGAUCACUAGAGAGGAAUCCUUGGGACUGUCCCUUGCAUAUUAUAUAAGUUAUCCCUAUUAAAAGUUAAAAUAUUA